CUUCUCCUACCACAUCGCAGACAGUCUUCUGCGGCCACAACUAAAGCCAUUCGAAUAUCUUUACUAUUAUAUGCCCAUAAGGUUUAUAGACACAUCCCGAAAAGACAAUUUGACAGCCAAACCAACUUCAAUCAGCUCUUAUCAAGAAUCCCACCAUGGAAUCGUUCAAAGCACCAGUCUUCUCGACAUUCCCGCCGAGUCUCUUACUCACAUUACUUCAUUCCUCUCUCCUCCGUCGCUCCUUGCACUCUCCAGGACAAACCGACGUUUCAAUGAACACAUAAAUGAUGACAAUACCUGGUACCGGGCCUUUAUCAAUCAUUUUCUUGGGAUCGGACCUGAGAAUGACCUCGACAAUGAGAGGAUUCUCUUACUGAGGAAGUCAGAAUGCACUUGGCGAAAGGAGUUUAUCAUGAGGCAUAACUUGAGGAGACGCUGGGAACGUUCGCGGAAUGGGACGAUUACCCAUUCCCCUCAAGAUACUACCAUCGACGGCGUCCAUCUGAUGUCUGAGUCUGGUCUCCUCACAUCUUCGAUUCAAUACGGAGUAGUGGCUCGGUCACUUCCGCUUAGCGGCAAAGUUCUCAAGGGGUACCUCGACGCUGCCGGAACAGGAUUGGGUAUAGGAAAUCCCAAUGUUGAAUUUACACCCAACGUCUCUGCCUGCAGUCUCACUUCUGAUGGUGGCACUGCCAGGGCUUUCUGGGGAAAGCGUAACGGGGAAGUGGCGGUGACUACGGCUGCUCGGGUUAUGGAUCCUGGGCGUGCAUCUUCAAAGCUAGUUAGAUGCAAAGUCGAAGAUCACCAUGAUGGCGUUGUGAACGAGAUUGUCUUGGAUCCUGCUGUUAACCGAUUUGUUUCCGGAGGCGCCGACGGGCAAGUCAAGUUGUGGGAUACCAAGACGGUUGUGUGCUUGUGGUGUAGUGACAAGCAGCUCCGAUCGCUUGUGGUCGACCCGUUCCUUAAGGUGUCUUCUGCUCUUGCAGACGGCAUCAUCGCAGGUGCUUUGAGUAGCGGAGACGUUAUCUUAUGGACAUCGUCCCGACAAUUCCAUUCGGACGACUUAUCCAGCCCGGCAUUUUUUGCACAACAUCGCAUCGUGUCGCCCAUUCCCAAGGGACAACCAUCUCCCCAGGAUGCAUUCAUACCCAAACCUCAGCCAACUGUGCUAUGUUCCUUCUAUCGUAUUGUAGUUGACCUUACAUCCGGCAAAUAUGAAACCACCGCAUUUGGUGAUCCAUCAUUCGGAUACAACUCCAUCACCGAACCUGUCUUUGCAGCGCAGCCAGAUGAUUGCAGUUUCAUCAUCACUGGUGAUCUGCUAGGUUUCGUUGGCAUUUAUGAUUGGGACACCCCUCAAACAUCUUCUUCCGUCGUACCUUCCCGUAGAUUCGAGGCUCACGAAGAUGGCGCCGUGACUGCGCUUGCUUGGAACUCGGUUGUUCUUGCCACAGGCUCUGCACGUGGGACAGCGACAGUAUGGGACGCACUCACCUUGGAGCCUCUUAGGCUGUUUUCGUCCCCAGUCCCCCGUGCUGCACCGGGUCUCGAAGUUGGAGGUGUCAGCAAGAUUGUGAUUGAAAAGGAACUUUUGGUCAUCAUUGCUGACAAUAGGGUGAUGUCAUGGAAGGUGGGACAAGUACACCACCGUGAUGCUCCGCACAAAAGCAAACAUGCUCGUGCGAAUAGGAACCCAAUUUCCAAAGGACAACAACGAUACGAUCUGCACAAGGUUAUCAACGAAUCCAAACGUGAACUAGCGGAGGAGAAUGCCUAUGCGCGGCAUACCAUGGGGCGAGAACGCGAGCAACGUUCCACUCUCACUGUACUUGGACUGUCGGAAUCAGAGGCAGUAGAAUAUGUUUUAAUGCUCUCCCGCGAGGAAGAGGAGCAUCGCCGAGUUUCCCAUACCCUCGAUGAAGGUGUCUUCGAGGUUGACUUUGAAGACGAAACUUUCUUGCCACUCGCUUCAAGUUCUUCAACAGCGCAUGGUUCUGCCAACCAGUCUUCCCCCAGUUCUCUUUCUGAUUACUGUUCCCAUGCCUAUCCACGCGCCGCCCGUCCUAUGACGAAUGAGAAAGUACAGGUGUCUCCUGUCUUCGUCCCGGAACCUAUGGAAGCUGGCGUUACCAUAAGCCCACUCAGGAUACCUACAUUCCUGCCGAGUUCUUCGCCGGGUACAAGGUCUUCGCCGGAAGUGGCUCGCAGCACGUCGUCCUCUUUCGAACACUUUCCCUCGAUCAGUACUAGCAUUUCGUCAUCGACCAGCAGCCUAGAGCGCAUUCGUUCUGCGUGGAGCACGCCCUUACGUGCCUCAUUUUCUUCUGCAAGCAUGGAAAUUCAUGACAGGUGGCCCGAGGGAGAGUUCCGGGCGCCCCUGGAUUUAGAUGAAAUGGACGAUGAUUUGAAAUUUGCGAUUGAGUUGAGUCUUGCGGAAGCGCGGAGUCGAGGCGAGGUUUGAAAGUGGGGAGGUAAUAUAUGCGCACGCUAUUCUAUACGGGAAGUCGAAAGGCUCGUAGUCUGAUCGUUUUCUUUAUCGUCUCGGGGCUUAAGGCCUAGACUCACGAGACUCGUUCGUCUAUGAUAAGGAUUAGGCCACAUCUGUAAAACUUCUCCAUCAAUGGGUCAGAUUGCGCACGGACUGCUGUAUCACACGGAGCACAGUAGAACUAGAAGUACAAGCUGUAGGGGUAGCGGUAUCCCCCUGACGAGGUUUCGCAGGCUCGAAACUGCUGCCAAAUCCCACAUUACUAGCCCUUCUUUUCCCAUGACAACAACGCCCUAUAACCCUAGGGGACUCACGGUGGAAUGCAGGAAGGUGCGAAAAGGGUGGUCAGUCUAUUAGAGUCACUCCGCGUAGACUAAAUUCUAUGCCGCCGAGGAACGAGGCGGCUUAGAAACCCAUGCAAGCUGCUGAUAUACGAUGGAUUGAAUAGAGCACCG